GCUGAGCACGUGCAGCACGUGAGGCUGGAGAAGUCAUAGCCGCGAGCACACUGAGCUAGCAGUCGAAACAGCGAGUAUGGUGUUCGGCUUUAGAUUGGCGAUUGUCGUCACAUUUCUCGUCUCUGUUUACGGCGCUAUCCCGAAAAACUACAUUCUGAAAGUGAGCACCAACUGCGGCAGUGACCACGUCGGCGAUGCUGUCGUCACCGUGUUGACGGACCUCCCGAGGGCGUUAGUCUUUGCCAAGUGUCCGGCGGGUGAUGUAGACUUCACAAGCAACGACGGCAUCACCUACAACCUCCCCAUCUCCUUCCCAGGAAAGGGCAGCUCCAAAUGUAAAUUCCUGAAGCGGAAGGACGUUGAGACGUACGUGACGAGGGUGGUGGUUGCGUACGGCGAGGAUGACGACCAGGUGCAACAGAGCGAUGAGAUCUACACCAUCACAUGUACCUUUGACCCCAAAGCCCUCGAUGACACUGCCGAGCAGACCAUUGAAGAGUCGCUUGCCGCUCCUCGGGUGCUCCAGAUCAACAACGGCCCAGUCUCCAGUUCGUCCGUGACAUUGACCAUGGCAGACAUUCUUGGAAAUGACCUUCGCCCUGACGAGGCAUUGACGCUCGGUCGCAAGGUCACCCUAAAAAUAAAAACCGACGGGACGUCAAAAGAAGUGGGCGUCAGCCCCCUGUCUUGUGAUGUCGUUGGUUCAGUCCCCAAGGCGAGAUACGCUGUGCUGAGGGCGGGAUGCGGCGAUGGGAUAGUCUUUCCCCGACACUACGGUUUCAACACGAAGGGCCUCACAAGCAUCGGUCCCUACUUCGACAGUUUCACCUUACCAGGGGAGAAAACUCUGGCGUUUGAGUGUAACGUGACGCUUUGCAGCACACUGUGUGACGGGAGUUCCUGUGGUAAAAAUCGUAUCAGAAGGGAUAUCCACGGUAUAUUUGAGAACCAAAUCACGUUGACGUCGGCCCGUUUCCAAAAUCCGGAAGUAUCGAGGGGUGAAAGGUGACGCAACUGUUCCUCGGGGUCAAGGUCAUGACGUCGACGAAGUCUGACGUGGAGGCUGGUCACCAUCGGUCAUCAGUGUUGGGGUUCACGGCCAGUAGGUCAUGGGACGUGUUCCUACCACUGUCCGAAAGAUAAAGCUGUUCCUCAAUAAAUGUCUGAGAAAA